UGGUUCAGAUGUAAAUAUGGUACUCAAAUUGAUUUGAAAAUAACAAAAAUGGGAAUAUUUCAUUAUAUCAUUUCUCAAAUUUGUAUCUAAUCAUAUUUAAAUACAGAUUUCGGAAGAUAUUGCUACUGUUUGAACCGGAAUGUUAUCAAGUUAUAUGAUAAACAAUAGGGCCGAGGGUUUAGCUUCUUGAUACAGUGAUUUAAAUGCUCAAGUAACAUUUUAAAAUCAAUUAGUUUACAUGUAAUUGUGGCUGUAAUGUGUACAUGAUUGAAAUUGCAUCUAAAAAUUAAAGUCAAGUUUAACAGUUCAAUAUCAACUUAUUUACAAUGAAACUUGAAGAUAAUCUUAAUGAAGUAUUAUCAUCUCCUGGUCUUACAAGGAAAAGGAUAGCGUUCAUUGGUAUUGGUGUUUUAGUGGCUACAGUUGUAUGCAUCAGUGUUAUUGUUGCUGUUAGUGUAAAGUCUUCAUCGCCCAAAUCAUCUUCAAUCUCAAUGCGUUACUACAAGAGAUUGGGUUCGACUGCAGAUGCAAUUAAAUGGGUUCGUUACAGUUCGCAAAAUUUUUCACUGACUGAUGCUUUCGCUGGUGGCACUGGUGCCAAUGGUGACACAGUUUACGUGUGUCGAGCUGAACAUCCAUCCAAGACUAGUUAUAAAGACGAACUGAUUCCAGGGACAUUUUUUCCAAGCAAUGGUUCAUGUGAAGUCCCAUAUGAUGAUAAAGCUAAUCCUCAUUCAGUCUUUGAUUUGUUAAUUACCAAGAAUCCAUCUCGACUACUUUGGGCCAACGAGUCAAAAGGCAAAUUACAAUCAGGAACCAUUUCUGGUGGUUACACUGCAUAUGAUGAAGAGCUUUACAUUUCACGAUUCCGAACCUAUGGCUAUACGGUUCUGGGUAAAAUACAUUUGGCUCAUAUGAAAGCUUCGGGACCAGUUGAAGGAUACGAGAGGUACAGUGAAGAUUAUGAUGUUUUAUGUUUUGUUGAUUAUGAACUGUAAAUUGUCAAUAAAUGUUAUUAAAUGACUUAAAAUUGA